AAAUGAAAAGAAAAGUGCCGGAAUUAAGAGUACAACACCAAAAAUAGCCAAAUAAGUCAGACGCCGUCAAUCAUUUAUAUAAAUAAAGCAAAUGAUAAUAUUCAAUAUAAAUCAACAAAAUAUAUAACUUCACGUUAUAAAUUUUGUUGAUUUAUAUGUAAACGUCGAAUAACAGUGAAUAAAUUGUGAACUGUUUAAAAUUUAUUAUAAAAUUAAUCAUAACAAUUAAUAAAAUUACAAUAUUAACAUGACCGACAACCACGCUAUUUUUAAAAAAUGGUUAUUGGAAAGAUUACGCGAAUGGCAGACAGAUGAAUCGAUUUUCGGUAAUUAUAUACUUGGCGUCUUGGAGAGUGAUGAAACCCAUGAGGAAAAAACAGAUGCUUUACAGGAUCUGUUAGGUGCAGUGGUGGGUGAUACAAGUGGUUUAGUUGAAAUGAUAUUCGAAAAAUGGAAAGAGCUAAUGCCACAGAAGGAAGAAACAGCCAAAGCUGCUCCUAUUGACGUUAAUGAGCAAUUGGCAAAGUUAUUGGAAGCACAAAAAAUACAACCUGUUAACAAGGAACGUCAAUAUACAGAAGAAGAGCGUCGGAUACGUGAACAAAUAUUAGCACAAUACUCAGAGACUGCAGUUAGUGAUGAAGAUUAUGCUGAUGAGCCUGAGGAAACUGCUGAGAAAACCACUGCCAAUAGUUUAACCGGAAUUGAACGCAACACUAACGUUCACGAUGUCAUACAGUUGCAGAAAGAGCGUAGGGAGCAAGCGCGACUUGAUAGUGCAGCCAAAAAACAAAAGGACCGAGAAGACCGUGAAAAACAGAAACAACAACGCGAGGAGAAGAAGGAGAAACGCAAAACAGUUAAAGGGGAACGUCGUCGGUAGCUCCGUCGCUGAACUCUUUAAAAACUUGCAAUUAAAACAUGUCAUUUCAAAACUGUUUAUUUUCUAAAAGUUGUCUUCGUUUAAUAACAAAUAAUAUAUUUUUAAGUGUAUUGACAAUUACCGAAAAACCAUGUAUAAAAUUUGUUUUAAAACAGAAACUAUGUAAAUUUUAUGUAUUCUUCACAAACGAGUAUGUAAUCUAAAAGGGUUAAAUUAAAUUAAUCAAAAUACAAGUAAGGCGAUUAAGAAAUCGUCGAACAUCCAUGUGGGUCAUAUACUCGCAUAUCUAUAAACAGCGUUACAACACGAAUAUAUUAAGUGAUGUCUGUCUGUUUGUCUCUCUGUUUAUUGCUAAACUAUUUAGUCUCAGUUUUUGAUAUAAUCGUAUUAAUUGUAUUUCAUAGGGACUUUUAGUGCAUCCAAGCAAAUUGGAUGACUGCAUCGUGUUCAUAUAAAAUAUUAGCGAUAAUGAGAUAUCUCAUCUUUCAAAAAAAAAAAAAAAAACAGUUGUGUGAAGGAUAUUGAAUCUUCGGCAAAGCCAAAGCUUAUUUCAUCCUUUCCAUGGUAUAUACAAUAUUUUAAACUAUUAAAAAUUUUAUAUUUGGUUUAAAAAUAUAUUUAUUCGUAGAA